AUGAUUCUCCUGGGAAUCACGGACACGCAGGAGCUGCAGCUCUUGCACUUCUCGCUCUUCCUGGCCUUCUACCUGGCUGCCCUCCUGGCCAAUGGCCUCAUCAUCACAGCUGUAGCCCAUGACCACCACCUCCACACCCCCAUGUACUUCUUCCUCCUCAGUCUCUCUGUUCUGGAUAUUGUCUCUAUCUCUGUGACUGUCCCCAGAUCCAUGGCCAAUUCUCUGAGCAACACCAGGGCCACUUCCUACUCGAGAUGUGCUGCCCAGGUCUUUCUGUUUGUCUUCUUACUUGUGGUAGAGUAUUUUCUUCUCAUUGUCAUGGCCUAUGAUCACUUUGUGGCCAUCUACAGACCCCUGCACUACAGAACCCUCCUGGGCAAUGUUGUGGAGCAGUUCUUCUGUGAGACUCCCCAGAUCCUCAAGCUCUCCUGCUCAGAUGUCUACCUCAGGGAAGAUGGAGUUCUUGUGGUUAGUCUUUCUUUAGUUUCCCUGUGUAUUGUUUUCAUUGUGGUGUCCUAUGUGCAGAUCUUCUCUGCUGUGUUGAGGAUCUCCUCUGAGCAGGGAUAG